AAUCUUGGAGACAAGUAUAAAGAGACACACAAGAAGUCGGAAAGUCACAACACUACAAUAAUAAUAAACCAAACCAAAAAAUGUACUAAUAGAGUUCAUCAACUUCUAAUGGAUUUAGUUCCUUCAAUGUUUAUGCUUGAUUCAACCUACGAAGAUGGAUUACUAUUUUCUGAUUCUUUCCUUCUUUCUUCGUUUGUAUCAAACCAAAACCAUGAUGUUUGCGAUCCGAUCACAAACAAAAUUGGUGGAAGCAAGAAGAAACGAAGUUUGUGUGAUACAUAUGGCUUGAGUGAAGCCAACAAAAAUGAUGAUGAUGAUGAUGUUCGAGAAAGUAAGAAGAUGAAGCAUAGAGACAUUGAAAGGCAAAGAAGACAAGAAGUUUCAUCUCUUUUUAAAAGUCUAAGAUCUCUUUUGCCUUUUCAAUAUAUCCAGGGUAAACGCUCGACAUCAGAUCACAUCUUUCAGGCUGUGAAGUACAUCAAAGACUUGCAAAACAAGAACAAAGAACUCAACGAAAAGAGAAACCGGAUUAAGAAAUCCAUAUCGGGCACAAAUACGACUGUUCCAUCUACAGAGGAAUGCACCAGUAGUUUAUCAUCGUCAACAACAUCAACAUUUUCAUUAGGCUGCUCAUGUGUAGGAGACAAACACUUUACAGUUAUGGUCACACCUUGUUUGGUUGGUGUUGAGAUCAUCAUAAGUUGUUGCCUCGGACGAAACAAGUCUUGUCUCUCGAGUGUUCUUCAAAUAUUGGCUCAAGAACAAAGGCUCGGUAUAGUUAGUUGCCUUUCAACUAGACUGCAACAGAGAUUCAUGCACACCAUUGUUUCUCAGGUGGAGGAUAGCAAACAGAUCAAUACUUUGGAGCUUAGAGAUAAAAUAGUGAAUAUGAUGUAGCAUACACAAGAUGAUAAAAAGUUACGUUUCAGAAAGACAAAAAGAAAAAAGUUAAUAUGGAAAAUAACUUUUUCGUGAUUUGAAGUUUGGAGUUUUUAAUGUAUACUUUAUAUUGUUUGAGUUUUUUUUUUUUUUUUGGAAAAAAAAUAUUGUUUGAGUUUGUUAA